AUGGUAUUCUAUUGCUUGUUGCCGCUAUGGCUUAUUUUACCCGCAACAGUUCUCGCCGGUAUGACUAAGACUGGCACGCUCUGCACGGUGACUCCUAGCGGCAGUAAAGAUGAUAGCCCUUCCAUAAUGGACGCGUUUAAACAAUGUGGUCAGAACGGACAGAUCGAUAUCACUUCAGGUGACUACACCAUUGCAAAGGUCAUGGAUGUGCUUACCCUCAAGAACUGCGACAUCUCUAUUCGCGGAAAACUCACAUGGAACGAUGAUAUACAGUACUGGCUUCGGAACAGUGUCGGGGUAACCUAUGCCUCCCGUAGUACCGCUUUUCGCCUCGGCGGCGAGAAUUUCACGCUAAAAGGACAUGGAGAGGCGCUCUUUUUUGGUAACGGACAGAAAUGGUACGACCAGAAUCGCGACCAGAGUAACCAGAAUGGGCGCCCAAUCAGUUUGACCCUUUGGAAGGCGAAGAACGUUUGGAUCGAUGGGAUUACUUGGCGACAGCCACAGUUCUGGCAUACCUUCGUCGCACACUCGCAGAACAUCACAAUGACCAACCUCGACAUGAACGCAACGUCUAAUUCGAGGUGGGGCACGGUGAAUACAGAUGGCUUCGACAGCUGGAACUCCAAGGACAUUGUGAUCAAGAACUGGGUCGUAACCUGCGGUGAUGACUGCAUAUCUAUCAAAGGCAACAGCAGCAACAUCCACGUCCGAAAUGUAACAUGCUACGAGUCGGGCGCAAUGUGCAUCGGCUCAAUGGGCAACCCAACCAACGUCCCCGAAUACGUCGAUGACGUACUCUUCGAAGACAUAACAGCCAUCCACAGCUCCAACGCCGCGUGGAUAAAAACAUAUCCAGGCCAAGGCCACGUCCGCAAUAUUACGUUCCGCAACAUUCGCUUCCAAGACGUCAAUCAGCCCAUCUACGUAUCGCCUUGUAUUUACAGUUAUAGCAACUGUGAUGGUAGUAGGCUGAAAAUUAGCGACGUAACGUGGGAGAACAUCUCAGGCACGUCGAGAUACAAUGUUGCCGCGGGCAUAUAUUGUAGCAAGGGAGCGCCGUGCACGGGGCUGAAAUUUAAGAAUAUCGAUAUCAAGCCUAAGAACGGUGGGACGGCGAAGAUACUGUGUAGUAAUAUGAAUAGUGAUAGUGGGCUGGCGUGUACGGGGACGUGUCCUGCGGGUUGGAAACAGCAGUUGAGCGGAAACGCAUGA